AGGAGUGGGCGCUGCUCUGCUGGGGCGGGGCGGGGAGAGAGGGAGGGAGACAUGGCCGGCAGUAGGCUCGAGAAGUUCGGCACCAUCUUCACCAGGGUACGGGAUUUGAUACGAUCUGGUGUUAUCAAGCAAGCCGAAAAGCCCCUGUGGUACGAUGUUUACGCCGCGUUCCCCCCAAAGCUCAAACCACUGUACAUGAAACCGAAGGAAAGAUUUGGAAAAAUAAAAGACCCCAUUCAGGAAAUUUUCUAUCAGGAAGACAAAAUCCGAGGGAAAUUCUAUGAAUUAUACGGGAAUGGGCCCAAAUUGUUUGAUCUCACACAGUCCAAUUUCACCUCCACUUGCCAGAGAUUUGUGGAGAAAUACCAAGCGCUUGAGGCACAAGGGGAAACCGAUGAGGAGAGGCUGUUCGAGGAAACAAGCAAAGCACUCCUAGCGGAGGGAAUUACUUUACGACGGAGGGGUGAAGCAGGAGUGUUGCAGUGGACAGCCGGGAGCUCGAGCCAACAGGCUGCGGAGAAGCUGGAUCCGGGAUUAGAUCUAAGGUUGCAAGAGUUGCUGAAGGAAAUGCAGGAGGAUCAACAGCAGCAACAGGGACAUACCGCCGAAAAGCCACAACAAGAACACACACAGGGACAACAGUAAAAUGAGCAGACACGGAUGCAAUGACAUGUCCCCGCACUUCACACUACAAAAAAGUGUGUACAAGACUGAGGAAACUCAGCCUUGUAUCCAUUGGCUUGGAAACCUGAAGUAUUGAGUCGACAUUUCCAAUGACAAAAUGUUCCUGCGUGUUCCAGUGGGAACAAGCGAUCGUGCUGUCAGUACAGUACCUACCUUUAAAGACUGAGGAGUUUGCUGUGAUUCACAAUGUUCAUCCAGUUCAUUUUAUAACAAAACAAAAUGCAGUCGUAAUUAUUUAUAACUUUUUCUUUCAAGAAUAAUAAAAUGCGAUAAAUUGUGUGAACGA